AUGUCCCUUGAUCAUGAUACUGAUGGUUAUGAUGCUGAUACAAGCACACCGAAGAUGACACCCUCGGAUGAUAUGCUUCUCAACCCUGCAUACUGGCAAGCACAUCCAGAGAAAAGACAUAUGAUUAGACAGCGACUAUUGCAUCACCCACACACCUUACCUCCCUGGCCUGACGAUCCCAAAAGCACCACCGAACCCAAAGUCAUCACUGCUCCCCCUCGUCCCAAUGACCCAGAUAGUAUCACUGAGUCUGAAAGUGAUCUGCCACCCCCACAAACCACUGCUCCCCCUCAUGUAGACAACCCAGAUAGUAUAACUGAGCCCGAAAUGUCACCAAACCUGAAAGUGACCCACCUGCCGCAAGUUGUCACUGCUCCCCCUCAUAUGGAUGACCUGGACAGCAUCACCGAACCCGAAAGUGACCCACCCAAGCCAAGUAUCACUAUCACUUCCACACCCAAAGCCACUAUCUGGAAGUCUAUAUUCACAGUGCCAAGCCCACCCCCACCUGGAUCAAUUUACUGGAAGUAUGUGACCCAGGAGGAGGAUAAUGCAUGGUAUGACCGAUCAUGA